CGGGCUGCAUGGAGACCGGAUCCCCGCGCCGCCCUGUCCCCUCCUCCUAGGCGGGACCCCGCGCCACCCGGUCCCUUCUUCCCAGCUACUCCUGGGAAAGACCCUUGUUUCUCAGUCUCCUCUGUCCGGAUGGGACCCCACGCUUCUCUGUCCCCUUUCCGGGUGAGAUCCAUCCUCUUCCCUCCCUCAUCGAGUCCUUCCAGGUGGGACUCCUCUUUGCACUUCUUUCAGGGUCUCAGACCUGCGAACCGCCCUGUCUCUUCUCUAUUGCUCCCUCUGUGUGGGAACCUAGCGCCGUCCUCCUUCCUUGCUCUCCAGGUCUCCCCAGGUGGGAGCCCCGCGCCAUCCUCUGCCCUUCUCCCUCAGGUGCUCCACAAAAUUUCUCCAUAUGCUCUCGUGUCUGAGCACCGCUGGGACCGGUGUGUACCUUCCAGGGACUCUGGAGGGAGAGUCACCUGCGUCUCCCCUGCUCCAGAGCCUCUAAGCUGUCAUUUUGCAGGCAACUCCAACCUGCUGAGUAUGUGACAGUAUUUUGAAGUUGGAAAGGGUGAAGCCACGGGGAAAAAAAGCAGCUUCUUUCUUGCAGUGUGUGACAAGCUCGCCAGCGGAUGAAUAAAAGUGUGUAAUUUCCUUAUCAGUUAGAAAGGCUGAUGCCGCAUGAUGAGUGGAAAGGGAGGGAAAUGCUUUUAUGACACGUCUCAGGUUCUAAUUUAACAAAGCAGAGCUGAUAUUUAAUAGUUCAUCUUCGGAACACAUACCUUUGAAUUAGCAUGUGUUAAGCUUGCUCAAAAUCCACAGCUCUAAGUGGCUGUCUUGCAUUUUCGUCUAAGCAGUGGACUCGCUGGCCAGUAUUUAAACUCCCUGUACUAUUCUGCCUUUGAGUGAUAAGUUUCCAAAGAUGCUUUCCUGGGUCCUGUACUGUCUCUCAGCCCUACUAGUUGAGAAAACCUUUUAUUUGCCGUUUAAGUUUUCAGCAUUAAAAAAAAAAAAAACCCCAAAACUAAACCAAAACAACAACAAAACAAAACAAAACAAAACAAAAAAAAACAACAAAACCUGAACACCUCACAUCAAUUGUGGCCUUCUGGGGGUACUUUAUGUCCAGAAUGUCUGCAAAGGCAGUUUCUUGUUAAAGAUGUAUACACUCAGUACAACAAACCUUUCAAAAGUAAAACUUUGAAUUUUUCUUUUUUGUUUUAAAGACUUGAUCAGGCUGGCCUCAAACUCUCGGCAGUCUUCCUGCCUUUGCUUCCCAGGUUCUGGGAACACAAACAUGAAGCAUCACAUUUGAAAUGAAUUUUGAUUAAUUUUCAUGUUCCCCAUUGCAUAAAAAAAUUCAUUCAAAACAUAUACAGACCCUUACUAUAGUUAUACAAGAUUUUCUUUUAACUUGCAUUUCCAAAUGGUCUUAUGUAGCCCAGGCUGGCCUCGAUCUCCUGAUUGCCCUGUUACUGCCUCUCAGUUGUAAGAUUACAGUAAGCCAGAGCUACCAUACCUGACCCCAACUCCGAGAGAAUGAGCAUUAAGCAGAAUAGCAUUUGUUUGUGUGAUGUUUGGAAGGUAAGUUGUGAGGGUUCCUUAUAUCACAGUGUCAUUUCCGUCAGGCAGACUGGUCCUGAGCUUUUUAUUUGUCUGCUAGUGAUGCUGUGCAACGUCUCUGAAUUGUAGAAUUACUUUGGAGUCAGGACACGUAAAUUUUUCUUGGAUUCCCAGACUAGAUCAAGAUUCCAGGUUUGGAGAGGGAAAGGCUUGUCUAAUACAGGUGUCUUCACUUCGGCAGCCCUUACAAAGGACUUUACAGCCAUUUGAAUGCCUGUGGAGAUGGCGUCUCGGUCCUUGUCGCUGUUUCUUGAGUUCCCCGUCUACUUGUCUACCACCACUCUUUCCACGGAUAAGGUUAAAUUUGGUGUAUUUUGAGCAACAACAUCAAGAACUAAAAAAUGUGGCUAUAUUUAGGAUUUGUCCAUAUUAGGAAAGUUGAUUCCCACUUUGUGAGCACAAUAUUAGUACCACAUUCUGUCUUCUCAUUGGUGUAUAAGGGAGAAAAAAUGUAGUCUUUAAAUUUUUUUAUUGCAUCAUAUAUUUAUGUGUGUGCAUGUGGGUGCACAUACUCAAGCAAGUUCCACAGCACGAAGGUGGAGGUCGGGGACAACUUUCAGACCUCUGUUCUUCUCUCCUACUACGUGGGGUCUGGCACUCUAACUCAGGUGAUCAGGCAACAAGUACUCUUGCCUGCUGAACCACCUUGACAGCCCUCAAGUGCUAUUGUUAUCAGUUGUUUACCUCAGUUUUUUUUUUUUUUCCUUCAAUAAGCUUUUUGAGGUGGAUGUUUCUGAAGAAUUUUGAGAUUGCCUCUCUUCCCCUUUUGAGACAGAGUCUUAUGUAACCCAGGCUGACCUAGAAGUCAAGCUUUCUCUCAGUCCUCAUGUGAUCAGAUGCUGGGGUUACAGAUUCACCAGCAUGCUGGGCCAUGUGUAUGACCUCUCUUCCCAUCUGGGCUUUCCUCUCCUCAUCAUCCUGUAGUUUGCCUGUUGUGUGUCAGUUUGUUGUCUAGAGCGAGUGGCUCUAGUCCCACACUGUUUCCAGAUCUUAUCUGUCAGCCAUCACCUAUAGAGCAUUGUCACAGUCAAGAGUAUACCUCAUACAUUUCUUUUAUGAUCUGGGAGCCACCCCCUCUUGGUUUUUUAGUAUGCCUUGGUAGAGACAGAAAGAAUCAAAAGAGGCUGAAUUUACAGUCUUACCAAAAGCAGUCAGGAGCAGUAACAAUUGUAUAAUUGUAAUGUUUUCGCAAUGUAGAUCCUGUUUAAAAUCAUAGUGUGACAUUUGAGGAAAUUCUUUUUGCUGAUCUUCCAAGUGGUUUUCACUUUUAAUUAAUUGAUAGGUAUCAAUUUGAAUAACCCUCAGGCUAAAAAUGAAUACAGUUCAGAAACAGAAUGUCUGGAUUUAGGUCAACAUGCUUACAUAGUACUUAAAACUUCUUUUUUAUGUAUGUGUGCCUGAGUGUAUGUAUGUGCAUCUCAUGCAUCCGAGAUCCCCUGGAGCUGGAGUGACCAUGAACCCUCAUGUGCAUGCUAGGAAGCAAACUUGGAUCCUCUGUAAGAUAGUAAGUGCUCUUAACGACUCAGCCAUCUCUCUAGCCCCUACAUAACAUGUUUUAAUGGUCAGGGUAUAUCCAGUCAAUGUGUGCUGUGUCUCCCUUAUAUUUGAAAUAUUAUCUUUAUUAUCUAUAUUAUCUUCUUUCUCCCUUUUACUGAGGACCAAACCCAAGGUCUCAUGUAUGCAAGUUAAAACAUUAUUUUCUUUUUAAGAUUUAUUUUAUGUAUAUAUGAGUACACUGUGGCUGUCUUCAGACAUUCAGAAACACCAGAAGAAGGCAUCUGAUCCCAUUACAGAUGGUUGUGAGCCAUCAUGUGGUUGGAAAAUUGAACUCUGGACCUCUGGAAGAGCAGUCAGUGCUCUUAACUGCUGAGCCAUCUCUCUAGACCCCUAAAAACAUUAUUUUAAGAUUGUUUUUGUUUGUUUUGGGACAAAGUCUCAUGUAGCCAAGACUCCUUCUGCCUCCACCUCCCAAAUGCUGACAUUACCAUUGUAUGCCACGCUAUCCGUGGCUCUUGUAUUAUUAUUAUUUUUUUAAAUGUUUCGGUGGGCUUCAGACUGAACCUAGAGCUUUGCACAUGCUAGGAGUUUUCAGGUUUUUAUUCUUUGGGAUUUUUGAGGCAGGCAGCCUAGACUGGUCUGGAACUGCUGAUUCCCGUGCCACACACUUGAAGUGUGUACGUGAUGUGUGUUUAAAUUGCAGGCAUGCACUAUUUUUUUUUUUUUUUCUCGGAGCUGGGGACUGAACCCAGGGCCUUGCGCUUGCUACGCAAGCGCUCUACCACUGAGCUAAAUCCCCAACCCCGCAGGCAUGCACUAUUAUACUUGGCUCUUAUUUUUGCUUUUGGAGACAAGGUUUUUCUGUGUAUCCCUGGUUGUCCUGAAACUUGCUCUGUAGUCCAGGCUGGCCUCAAAUGAGAUCCACCUGCCUCUGCUGUCUUAAGUGCUGGGAUUAAAGGCAUUUGCCACCAUCACCUAGCUUCUUGGGUUUGUUUGUUUGUUUGUUUGUUUGUUUUUUUGUUGUUGUUCUUUUGUUUUUAAUAUAUCUAGUAAAUUACUAGACCAGCUUCCACUUAAAAGGUGGUGAAAAAGAUGGGCUGCUGUUUGCUUUCUUUUAUUCUGGAUUGGUUAGAUGAAGUGAACAUCAUGUGGGAUAUGGAGAAUAGACGAGAGCAUUGCAGCUGCCUGGUAGUUAGCUGAGUAAAUGCCACUGAGAGGGAGCUUUGUGGUAAUUAGCUGUGUAAAUGCCACUAAGAGGGAGCUCCCUUCUUUCCUCUAGUCCUGAAUACCUAAGGCCAAAUGGCCUAGUUAUUGGUAAUCCCCAUUUGUUCUGUUAGAACAAUUCAAAUAAUCUGGUACAGGGCUGGGAUAAAUAGAAUUAAAUCCACUUACUGCCAGAGAGUGGCUACUGCCAGUUUACAGCUUGGCCUUCCACCUGUACAAAGCCUGCUAGGACACCCAUGCUAUGUGCCCUAGAGUUGAGGGUGGGAAGUACAUCAGGUCACAUACUGAGUAAGUAGACACACUGUAGAAAUGAUGACAAAUAUAAAACAUAAGCCAAAGUCGGAGAAUAGACAUGGCUUUAUAAUCAGCUCAGAAUUAAGAGCUCACUCACCAUUCUUACGGUAGGUGUGAUUUGGAGGAGACUGCCUUCUUUCAUAAUGCCAGCUCCCAGCGUGUGGCUAAUUCUAAUGGGAUUGUUCUAAGGUAGGGUGGAGAAUAUUCUAGGAGGACAAGGUGAGAGAGACAGACGGAAAGAGCUGUAGGUACAUGAUGUGUGUGCAUUUGUAUGGGCAUGCAUGUGCCACAGCAUGCUUGUGCUCAGAGGACAGCCUUGGGUACAGGUCCUGGCUUUUCACUUGGCUUUAGACAGGGUCUUGUUUGUUUGUUUGUUUUGUUUUUCUGUUGCAUUUUCCACUAGUUGACCCGCUUCCAGGAAUUCUCUUGGUUCUGCUGCUGGGAUUACAGACUUUUGUGCUAUGUGGCUGGCUUUUAUAUGGGUUGUAGGGAUUCGAAGUCUUGUUCUUGCAUUUCCAUGGCAAGCGCUUUUACCCACUGCAGCAUUUUCCUAGCUCCAUGCAUUCACACUUUUAAUUCCCCAAAAACAAGACUGUGGAGAUGUCCUUUCCUGCCAAACUGGCUUUCUCUUGACAUAGCUCCUGUUCUGACAUAUCAUCCAAUACUGAUAGCUUAUGCUAGUGAUAUUAGCAGAGGUGAAUAGGGAAAUUGUGCUAUCUAAUGCCCCUAGAAGAUCCACACGCCGUGGUGCAUGCCUAUGUCCUAGCUUUUGGGAGACUGAGGCAGCAGGUUCAGGAAUUGAAGGCUAGCCUCAGCUUUGUAUAGGGAGUCAGAGGGCAGCCUGGGCUAAGUGAGACCUUGUCACAACAAAAUAAACAAAAAUUUAUCUUGAAAGACAAAAUGGGGACACAUACUACCUCAUGUAACAUGUUGACAUGAAGUCAAACAGUACAACUGUAGACUUUUCUGCUUAUCCAGUGUUAAAUCUUAGGCAAAACGAUACAGUCCUAUGUAAAGUAAUUUAUUUAGGUGAAGAGUUAAUGAAGUGCAUUAAAAAAAAAAAACUUCCAGAGAGAAUAAAAUGCAAUUCAAAAUGAUUUUAAGUAGGAACAAGUCAUCUUAGGUAAUGAAGUUUAGUAUGAGUCUAUUGAAGCUUUACUAAAAAUUAAAAUAUUUUCUAAGUUCAAUUUCUUCCCAUGGAGACUUGAGAAAAUUGAAGUAAAUAUUCUCCCCCACCUCUCUCUCUCUUCAUUUUGUUUCCAUAUUGUUGAUUUUUAGCCUUGAUGUAGUCAGUAGUGGAACACAGACCCUGUGAUUUCGGAGAAGCAUUAAGGACAAAUAGCAGGCAGCAUUUCAGGCCUGUACACACGUGACUGCACAUUCAGAAAUACUUAUAGAAAUGUAGUAGUUUUUUUCUGAGUUAUUUGCAAGAUUUUUUCCCCAUCCCAAACACUUACUUACCUGGGAACAGACGAAACCCAUUCCUUUGUAGAGUUUAGUUCCAUUCUGCAGCCCUGAAUUUGAUAUGUCAGAGACAAUGCAUCCUGAAGCUGCAGUGUAUCAUUGAGAUGACACCAUACUCUUCCAUAGUACAGGGGUCUGACAUGUUACAUAUUUCAGUGGCUUUUAAUCACGUUUAAAAUUUUUCUCUGGUGUAAAUUAUAUGGAACAGUGGGUUUCAUUCAGGCACUUUCAUACAUGUGUGUAAUGUGCUUUACUUAAAACCAUGGCUUUAUGACAUUUCCAUACAUGUACGUUAUAUGUUCUUACAUCAGUACCCUAUUGCCCCCUCAUCUCCGUUCUUUCUUCCCGGUCACCUUCUCCUACCUCAAAGUUUUAUAAUCGAGAAUGAAAUUUUAGUUGAGCUGGAGUUGUAACCUGGUUGGUAGUACUUACCUAGCAUGCAGGAAACUCUGGGUUCCAAUCCAGCACCAUGUAACUGGGUGUGACCAUGCAUGUCAAUGCUAUAUAAUCCCAGCUUUUGGGAGGUAGAGGCAGGGGGACCUGAAGGUUAAGGUAAUUCUUGCCUACUAGGUAAGCUAGAGGCCAGUCUGGGGGUACACUAGACCUACCUAAGAAGUUAACUUUCUACCUCUAACCGAAGAGAUAACUGAAAGAUAACCGAAAGGUUCCUGUUUCUAAAAUGAUGUGCUUGUGGUGGAUUUCAAUAUAUAAAUGAAACGUAAAUUUAAUAUAAAUCUUCUGGCCAGUCUUGCUGAGGCACCUGUCUGUGAGCCUGGGAAUGGCUUUUCUCUAGAAUUGGAGCAUAGUUCUACUGCCGAAUGUGGGUUCCCAGCGUUGCUGGAGAUGUCUUUAGAGAAGGGUAACAGAAUUAUUUUUUUGAGACAGGAUCUAUGCAGCCCAGCCUUGUACCCAGUGUCUUCCUGCCCAAGGCUCCUGAGUGCAGGCAGGGAUUAAAGGGAUGCCUACUACGCUGGGCUAGGUUAGAUGUUUAUAAAGAAAAACUGUAUAAUUAUGUUUUUGUUAUUGUUUUUCUUUGAGUCACAGUGUCACUGAGUAACCUGGGCUGGUCUGGAAUUUGAUGUGUAAACCAGGCAGGCUCCACACUGUAUCUUCCUGCCUCGAGCUGUACUGUGCACAGCUGCUAUAAAUAAGUUCUGAAAUGUGAGGUUGCCAUGUCACAUACUACUGUUGGGUGAAGUUUGUGGGAUUGAAAUUUGGACCUGGGCACAUGCAAAACUUACAGCUCCAAGGAGGACAUUGGAGUUUGUUGUUGUUUUUUAAUUGUUGUUAGUUUAGGUUGUGUUUCUGUGGUUUGCGUCUAAAGAUCAACUUAAGGAAGCCACUUUGUUUCUUGGCAAAGGAAGUUGUUUAAAAAAAGAAAAAGGAUCUUUCUUGCCUCCUUGCUUUCUCCAACUGCUUUGGCUGUGAGCCCGAGCCACUGGUGGGUGACUAGGAGGUAGGAAUGGAAAUUGUGUUACUUCUCUAGCUACUGUUUUCCUUGUGUGUGCAAAAAGGGACAGAUGAUUUACAGGGAUAAUGUGGACCUUUGGGCUUGGGUUGUGAGGUCAUGUUCUUGGCUAUGAAAGUAAGUUGGUGAGUUCCUCUCUCCCAAGCAUUCUUUAUCUCAGGUUUGUAAAACUGAUUAUUAUAUAAAAGAGGAAAAACAGGAUGGACUUUUCCAGCUCACUGGGCAUGUAAUAGUGAUUUCCCUCCACCCCGCCCCGUCUGUAAAUGGAACAUGCAUGACUCACCACGGCCACACAAGGCACUUGUGUAACCCUGCCUGAAUGGGAGGGUGGGAUGAGGAUGGACGGAGAUGGGCUGGCAUCCCACCUUGUUCAGUAGGCUCUGCCCAGCUGCCAUUGCAUGGACUUCUGAGAAGGACAGUGUGCCUUCUCACAUACUGUGCUACAGAGGCUUGAAACAGUGCUUUCUGUGUGUACCAAAAGAAGGCAAGAUACCAAUGUAAUAAAAAUGCGGUCAGUGAAAAUGUUGUAAUGUUGUAAAUUCAUGUUCUGUAGUAGAGUGUUCUUCUGUUACAUAAGAUUUUAGUGUUAAGAGCCAGGGAGAUGGUUUGGUGGGUAACAGUGCUUGUCAUCAGGCCCGGGACCUGAGCCCAAUCUCUGAGUCCUACAUGGUACAAGGAGAGAACUGACUCAGGCAGGUUGUUUAUUGAACUCCACAUGUGUUUCAUGGCAGGUGUGUCUACAUACAUGCAUGAUGCCUCAGAUAUUUAAUCUCUCUUUUUUAAAAAAAUUAUUUAUUUUAUGAAUGUGAGUACAGAUAACUGUCUUCAGACGCACCAGAAGAGGACAUUGGCUCCCAUUAUAGAUGGUUGUGAGCCACCAUGUGGUUGCUGGGAAUUGAAUUUAGGUCCUCUGGAAGAGCAGUCAGUGCUCUUAACUGUUGAGCCAUCUCUCCAGCCCCCUAGAUAUUUAAUCUCAGUUGGGGCUUUCUAACCCACCUUUAGUCAUUCAGUUCCUAGAUAAAAUGCACACAACUUCUAUAUUUAUAAUAAGCCUUAAUCAGCACUAGAGCUGGGCAGAUAUCUACCCUCUAAGCUAUUAGUUUUUACCUCCCUAUAAAUAACCCUGAGUUAUAACUUGACACAUUACACAUGGGCAGCUCUUACUCCAACUGGCCACAUGGUCAGUUCUUAUGAUCCCUUACCCCAUGGCAUCUUCCUCUCUCCUCCUCAUGGUCCCUCUCCAGACCCCAAGCCCUGGGUACCCCAAACUCUGCCUAUCUCUUUUCUGUCCACCUAUUAUAGGCUGUAGGCAUCUUUAUUUACCAAUGAGGGAUAACUUGGGGGACAAGGUUACAUAGUAUCACUUGUUUAUGUGCAGAUUCUCUCCUUCCUGGGGGCAACCAGGUCUUGGGGGCCAGUAUUUAGCAUUACAAUACAAGCAAAAGGCCAAGCUUCAACAAUUUUCCUUUCUUGUCUAAAAAGAUUCUUUUAUAAUAAUAAACAACAUGCAAUAGGAACAAUUAUGAAAAUUAUUAGGUAAGAGUUACAUUUAAGGGGUUGGGGAUUUAGCUCAGCGGUAGAGCGCUUGCCUAGCGAGCGCAAGGCCCUGGGUUCGGUCCCCAGCUCUGAAAAAAAGAAAAAAAAAAAAGAAGAGUUACAUUUAAAAAGUCUAGUUUGCUCAUCUUUGGCAAUGUUGUUGUAAAAAUAUAAAAAAUAAAGUUUCAGUGUCUUUUAUCCCACUAGGUCUGCACCACAGUGCCCCAAGAUAUCUGCUAGAUAUCUUGGCAGAAACAUAUCCCAACUCCACGGUGGCCCAGUGUUUCUUGCUGCCGCACACUUUCCUACACUCAAACCAUCACAUAAAAGAACACACAGCACAAUAAUCUUUGACCCAAUUGAUAAGCUAUAAUUGCCCACUUAAUCAUACAAAUCCCGGUGCCUUCCAUCCCUUAGGAACAUUAAAUAACAACCUGUAAAUACACAGAGCGGAAUCUUAACAUCAGCCUCCAUUGUCCUGCCACGGCUUCUCUCUCUCCCUCUCCUGUCUCUUUCUCUUUUCGUUCCAGUCUCCUCCCGCUCCUUCAAACUUCUCUCCCGCCCAUCCUUCCUUCUCCUCCAAUGACAGGCCUCUUUCUAUCCUGUACCUGCCCCUCACCUAUAUUUUACAAAUUCAAUGGGGAGAAGGUUCAGGUGAAGUCACCUGAUUCCUGAGUAGUGACUAGGCAGCUGUCCUUGGGGCAGUGGAGUUACCAUCAAAAUACAGAUAACUCCAGGGCAAACCACAACAUUUCCCCCUUUUUGUCCAGUUAAAAAGCCUUUUCAUUUAUAUAUAGAGUACAAUUAUUACCAUUCUACAGUUUAUAAAACAUAUGAUAUAUUCAACACCCUGUCCAUCACUAUAUCAGUUAAACAGAACAUUUAGUUAUCCAUUCCAGCUUAAGAAAGGCCUAAAAUCUAUAUUAUAUCUUGGCUAGCUCGUAUACUAUCUGAUAACUAUCCAAUAAAAUAUGUAUUUUCAGAGUUAAACAGCCUGAUAGGCUAUGAGACUGUAAUCAGUCUUCAACCCCGUCAGAAAUCUUUGAAUGAGCAAAUAUCUAUACACAUAGGAAGCCUAACAUGGCUUCCAGAACUGAGAGGUUGUAGAGACAAAUCUCCACUAGCAAAGUCCCCAGUUAGCAACUUGUGAGCACAAGUCUUCAGCCUUCUGGCCCAAAAUCAACUGACAGACCCUUGAAAUGCAGAUUUUGAAGGGCUGAUCACCCUGUCUUGGCAGAGUUUAUCAGUCAACUAUUCUGCAUAAUUUGUCCUUUUCUGGACAGUAUCAGUCUGCAGAUGAAACAGGCAGUUUUGUGUAGUGGCUGCCUAACCACACAGUAUUGCCUCACCUGGAGGUAGAGAUGUGCACAUUCUUCACUAAAUCCACAAAGGGGAACCGUUAGGAGCAGAUAUGUCUCAACAAAAGAUAAAUAACUUUAAAUCUCAAGUUUUAUCGAUUUUUGACAUUUUUGAAAACCAUCUAUCUAUAUAAGACAAUCUGGACUGUUGUCUUUAUAUCUUAAUAAUAUCUUGAAAGUACUCUCACAAACUCAGAACCAUGAAUUUGCUAUUUGGUCCUUAACUCACAUGUGUAAUCAACUCAGAAGUUUAUAAUGACAUCAAUAGAAGGACUGGCUGUCAACCUUGUACUUUUAAACUCUUUUAACAAAUAAAUUCUAUAUCAAAGCAAAGAUAUGAUUUUAGCUUAGUUACCAAAUGAGAUUAUGACGGUACAACUCAAUCUAGCUAAUUCCUCCCUGUUAAAUUACAACCGAUUCUAAAUUCCUCAUUAAAAACAACUUUAGAAUAACCACUUUCAGCCCCCCAAAGUCCAGGGAAUUGGGCGACGACUUCUCUAUAACCUUUUCAAGCUGUACAUGGGCGUUGAGAUAUCCUUGGGAGUAGGGGGUAGGAAGAAUAAAGCAAAUGCUGUAGCUGAUGUGUCCUGACUGGACCCAGCUGAAAGUCCUUGAGACCAGGAAUCCAAGUAGACACACUCUGUAAAAUACAACUCUCAAGACAAAAGUUUAGAAUCGAAAUCUCUUUUUGUUUGAUUCUCCUGCAUUAAUUUUUUCAGGCUGUCUACCUCUAUCAAAUCUGAUUAGUAUGACUCUAUGAGGUUUCCAGAGCCUAAUCACACUUUUUAAAAACACAAAGACAAAAUCUUUCUCCCAAAAUACUGUGUUCCUUAGUCUGUAACCAGAAAAGCUUGUAUCUUGCACUCUCUCCCAGAGUUAUAAUAUAACCAUAAAAUUCAGAGUCACAUCCAUUAUGAAGAUUAAACAAUUUUUUUUUUUUUUGGUUCUUUUUUUUUCGGAGCUGGGGACCGAACCCAGGGCCUUGCGCUUCCUAGGCAAACGCUCUACCACUGAGCUAAAUCCCCAACCCCUAAACAAUUUUUUAAAAAGAAAGUAAGCUAAAUAAUGAGCCUGAUAGGCUUUUGUACUCUGUGAUAUCAGGAAAUUAACCCAAAAUUCCUGUGGAGCUCAUGUUAAGAGAAUCUGAGCUUCCUGUUGUGGUAGAUAUAAAAAAUAACCACAAACCCUCGCUAGCCGGCGUCAACAAGCCAUAUGGCCUUUAGCGGGGUAAUUCAUAAAACAAACCAAAUACCUUCUAUCAAUUCCAAUAUCAAUAAGCAACAUAUCAAACCAGGACUUUAGUCCAAAAUAUAUCAUCUGUUAAGCUCUCUACCCGGAGCCACAGAUUCUUCUUUAACCUUAAUAACUUCUAUAAUAUAUGUCUGCAUUCAGUCUGCCUGGUGUUACAGACAUUCAUCACAACUCUCUACUUGGAGUUAGUAAUUUUUCCCUCUCUAAGUUCUGAACCGUGGAUGAAAAUCCCCACCUAAUUCAGGUAAUCUCUUUACUCUCUCCUUUCUAAAAACAAACUUAAUCACCUUUUAAUAAUACCUGUAAUUAAAAAGUAGCUUGUCUAACUAGGAUUUCAACCAAAAUUCUCGAGUCCACGUUAAAAAGAAUAUGAGUAUCCUGAAAGGCUUUCUAAACAACUUUCUUUAAAAAGCAGCUUUUAAUCUCUAACUCUUUGAACUGCCAUUACUUAUUACACAGCCUGGGACCUAUAGUCUGCCAGCCCAGGCUGCUUCCCUGUUUUUUUGUUAAAUUCCCGAGCUUGAGAUAUCACAUGACUUAACAUGGCGCUGGCCUCCUCUUAGAAAAUAAAAACUUUAUCUCAACUCUUAGGAUUACUAGUGGAUUCUUGCCCAUCACAUUGGUUCGCCACUGUUAUUGUAAAAAUAUGAAAAAUAAAAAAAGUAUGGUUGUCUUUUAUCCCACUAGGUCCGGCACCGCAGUGCCCCAAGAUAUCUCCUAGAUAUCUUGGCGGAAACACCACGGUGGCUCAGACCAGUCGCCCCACACUCCAUUACACUUAACUCUACACAUUAAAGAACACACAACACAAUAAACUUAGAUUCAAUUGAUACGAUAUAAUUGCCCACCUAAACAUACAAAGCCCAGUACCAUCCAUCCUUUAGGAACAUUAAUAGCAGCCUGUAAAUACACAGAGCAGAAUCUUAACAUCAGCCUCCAUUGUCCUGCCACGGCUUCUCUCUCUCCCUCUCCUGUCUCUUUCUCUUUUUGUUCCAGUUUCCUCCUCUUCCUUCAAACUUCUCUCCUGCCCACCCUUCCUUCUCCUCCAAUGACAGGCCUCCUUCUGUUUUGUACCUGCCACUACCUGUAUUUUACAAAUCCAAUGGGGAGAAGGUUCUGGUGAAGUCACCUGAUUCCUGAGUAGUGACUAGGCAGCUGUCCUUGGGGCAGUGGAGUUACCAUCAAAAUACAGAUAACUCCAGGGCAAACCACAACAGGGCAACUCUGGAGAGAGUAUUUUAUUAUUUGUCCUAUCUUGGUGAGUUCAGAGUUCUGUAUCUAGGGGUUGGGGAUUUAGCUCAGUGGUAGAGUGCUUGCCUAGCAAGCACAAGGCCCUGGGUUCGGUCCCCAGCUCCGAAAAAAAAAGAAAAAAAAGAAAAAAAAAAGAUUUCACCAGAGUUCUGUAUCUAAAUCACUUUCUAUCUUCUAUUACCUUCCUAAAAACAUCUCUUUAGACCUACAACAUCUUCUUAAAUCCUAAAUAAUUUAAGCUUAUAGUAAGGCUGACUAUGUAGUCUUCAACCCCAUCAGAGACCUGUGAAGGAAUAAAUAUUACCUGAGUAUGCAGGAAGUGUAGGGUCGCUUACACACACACACACACACACACACACACACACACACACACACACACACACACCUUAAAACGAGAAGUCAGAGGGACAACCUGUGGAUGUUGGUCCUGUCCUUCCACCAUGCCGGUCCUGGGGAUGGACCUUUUUGUCAGGUUUGGUGGCAUGCACCUUUAUCUUCUUACUGGCCCUCUGCUUUAAACUCCCAGUCCCAGUCCUCCUAUUUCCACCUCCCUUGCUGGCUGGGAUUAUAGAUGUAUGCCUUCUCACUGUACCAUGAUUUACUUAAUUUGCAGAUAAAGCUCUGAAUUUGUACCUAGCAUAUAGUGUACAGUGGGAUAUAUAUUGUUUUGAAAAAUGAUUUUUCAUCACUUUUCCUAGAAUUAAAACUUUUUUAAAAGUACUAUUUUAUUCUGUUUUUUUUACUUACAGGUAUGAGUGUUUUGCCUGUAUGUAUGUAUGUAUGUAUGUAUGUAUGUAUGUAUGUAUGUAUACUGUGCGGAUGCCUGGAGCCUACAAAGGCCAGAAGAGGGUGUGCAGUCCUCAGAAAUUGGAGUUACAGAAUAUUGUGAGUCAUCAUGUGGGUUGGUUGAACCAAACCCAGGUCCUCUGCAAGAACAGUGAGUGCAUUUAAGCACUGAGCUAUCUCUACAGCCCUGGAUUUUUUUUUUAAAGUCAUAAAUAAGAGCUUGUCUGUAUUCCAUAGAUAGAUCUUUAAAUUAAUGGUCAUUGCCGCUUUUUUAACCUACUGAUACCUAAUAGAAAAUGAAACCUAGUUACUAGGUAUCAUCCUGUCUGUGGGUGUGUAGAAACUCAUCCUCCCAGAGCCCAGGGGGAGCCUGCACACCUGCUGGGCGCACUGUCUGAUUUCCCCUAAACUUACUUGCAUGUUGUUAUGGCAACUGUACUUUUUCACAAGUUGGAGACAGGUUAGAUGUUAGCCCGCACAUUCCUCAAGAGAUGGAACAGUGUUGAUUUAGGAUGUGUGAAGAAAAAAUGACAAGUCACUAAUCCAGACACUUUAGUCUUUCACACCUUAGAUGCCAACUCUCUUCUCUGACCCUCACAUUUGCACAUGCAAGCACACAUGCACACACACAUGCACACACAAGCAUACACAACGAUUUUAAAUGAUUAAAAACCAGAAAUCUGUGUUAGUGCUCACCUGCACUUAGGUGAGGUGAUGGCAAGGUCCGUUACAUAGCAAGUUUCAGGCCAACCUGGUCUACAUAAGGAACUUUAAAACAAAACAAACAAAAAGCACUUUUGUUAUAGACAAAGAAAUGUUUCUCUUUUUUCCUCCCAUUAAUAAUUAGUAUUUGUUUUCCUGGCUACAAAAUAAUAGAGCAGGCAUUCAAAAGGAUAGAUUGAUAAUCUCUACCCCAAAACCAGAACCAAAAACCUUGUCUGAAUAAUAUAUCAGACACAGUCAGUGAACCUCACCUAUGAAACUCUGGCAUUCCUGUGUGUCAAUAACAACAAAAAUGUAGUAUAUACACACAAGUGAUGUGAAUUAAUUUGUGGUAAGACAAAUCAGGUCUCUGACUUAAGAUACAGCUUACCUAGUUAUGAAAUUGGUGUUGGUAUGUCAGAAUAUGCAACAGGCAUUUUAUCUGCAUAUUGGAUGAAAUAAGAGUCUCCAGAAAAAGUAUCAAUAUUUUCCAUGUAGGUUUUUCCAUUGAUAAAUUAACUUGAAAAUGGGUUAACAGGAAGUAUCAUUAAUGGUGGCCCAGAGUGUGCAUGGCAUGAACUAUGAGUAAACAUUUCCCCUGAGCAUAUCAGGUAGCGGCUGUUUGCUUUAGAACGGUACAUUGAAUAAGUUAGUUGCUAGGGCAUAAGGAGAUGGCAGGAGCAAGUGGCACCAGCGUGCAAAGAUGGACUCUGGGUAGUCUAUGUGUUCUCAGUGUUCAGAACUGUUCAGUGUACAGUUCUGUGGAGGACUGUAAACGUUGGUAGCUGGUUCUUACUACAAAAAGCUCUCUGUCUGUCUGUCUAUCUGUUUCUCUCUCUUUGUAUGUAUGUAUGUAUGUAUGCAUGCAUGCAUGCUUGUGUAUUGCUUACUGCAUAUGUUCCCGAACAAAUUGUAUAUUUGGGUUGUUUUUUUUUUUUUAAGAUUUAUUUUUGUUUAAGAUUAUCAUUAUCUUUUUUUUUUUCAGAGUUGGGUCAAAUGCUAGUCAAGUAUUGUACGACUUGCUUACGUACUGAGCCACAGAUUAUUAAUAUCUUCAAACCACUUUUGUUUAUAUGUGCGUAUGUUCCCCAGCAUGUGUGUGGAAGUCAGAAGACAACUUUGUGGAGUUGGUUCUCUCCUUCACCUGUAUAUGGGUUCCAGGGAUUGAAUUUAAGUCAUCAGGCCCAAGAUUAUUAAUUUUUAGAUGAACCUGGUAAAAAAGCAAACACAUUUUAUAAGAAAGAUGUGCAAGUCUUACUUGAUGUUUAUAGUUUCUUUCCUCAGGGGCUACUAUUAUUCUAUUUCUUUUGUAUCCUUCUAUAAAUAUUUUAUGCAAAUAUAAGGAAAUAUUCUUAUUUUUGUUUAUUUUGUUUGUUUGUUUUUUGUUUUUGUUUUUGUUUUUUUUCAGAGCUGGGGACCGAACCCAGGGCCUUGCGCUUGCUAGGCAAGCGCUCUACCACUGAGCUAAAUCCCCAACCCCUUCUUAUUUUGUUGCAUACAGUGUGACAUUGCAAUAUGCUGUUUUGCUAACCUGUCUUGUGUUUGUGUAUGUGCACGUCAAUAAAUGUCCAUGCUUACACAUGGACGAGGAGGCUAGCCAGCGCUCUGCAGAGUUGCUUUCCUUCAUAUUCCCUUGAGCCAGGAGAGCUCAUUGAACCUGGAACCUGCCAUUUUGACUGACAGCCAGCAGGCCCCACUUGUCUCCACCCCCAGCACCUUGGGGUCAGAGGCACAUGCAGCUGUGCCUUACUCUUCCAUAUGUGUUCAUUGAGUUCAGGCCCCGAUGCUAGAGGAGCCGGCUCUCUUCUCCUGAGCCACCAACCCAGCCUACUGAUGAGUAGCUUGAUUUCCUUUGAAUAAAUGUGUGCAUACCCAUUAAUUUAGUUGUUCUCUGGGCUGCUAGACAUUGAAGUCAGCUGACAAGCCUAGAUUAUUCUCUUAGAGACCCUGACUUUUUGUCUGGGCUUUCAGUGUCUAUGAAACCCUUCCCAAAUAAUUCAUUUUGAUGACUGAUGGCUUAUUUUGAUUGAAAUGACGAAAUUCAUGCUUAAAGAAAGGGUCCUUAUGCAUAGGUCAAGUAGAUUUUCAGGGUAAUUUCUGCCAACCUCUGAGUUUCCACUUGCUGUCACGCUUACCAGUGGCAAAGCUGGAGGCUGUUUAGGAGAUGAUUUAACCACAGUACACUGUGCGGUGGGAGUGAACUUGGAUACCAGCUCACGCAGUGGUGGUUGAUCUCACAAGUUCAGUGUUACUUAUGUCAUUAUAAGACUUGGCGUUCAUUAGGCACAUGUGCAUGCAUCCGUGUGCAUGUGGUAUAGCACCCAGGUAAACACUGGGUGUUUCCUCAGUUGCCCUCAUAUUCUUCAAGACAAGGUCUCUCACUGAAUGUGGAGCUUGGUUUGGUUCUAGAGUCACAGACGCACACGGUGUAGCUCCCAGAUUUCAAAUGGGUCCUGGAGAUCUGGUCUCAGGUACUCAUGCUUUAUUUGACCUAGCCGUCUGUUUGUCGACCUGAAUAGCUCAAAAGAAAAAGCUCUUGUUCAUAAAGACUUAAAAAGCGUAUGUAGAGAUGGUCAUUCUUUAGGCAUUGUCAUUAUGCUGAUCAAUGACAAACACCAGUUGUACAACAGGAAAACUACAGAGUUAGUGUCCUAGGAUACCAAAUGAUUAUGAAUAUUUUAACAUACACUGUUUACUAUAAAUUAAACAUUCCAAACUGUUAAGUAUCUAAGUCAAAUAUGAAAUGUAAAUAUCAGCAAAUAUGAAAAUAGGUGACCCAAGAACUGGAAAGCAAAAAGGAAGUUAAAAAAAGUGUGACGGGACGGGGUGAUGAUUGUGGACAAACGGCAGUUAUAUCUUACACUAUGGAGACAUAUUUUCAGACGUGUUAUCCUCCAGCGUGCUAAGCACUGUUGGUAUUGUGUGGCUGGUUUGGAGAGUGUGAAGGGAACGGAUCUAACUUCUGCUUACUCCAGCCAAGACUAUUAAUGUGCACCCUAGCUCUAGUUGGUGUAGAUUCAUAUCCCAUGAUUUGUGCAUCACUGUGUCUUCCCCAUAAACCCAAUUUGCACUGAACUUUGAUCUUAACACUGCUGGCUAAGCCCCUUGUGCUCCUGCCCCUUGAGUACUGGGUUUAUAGGCAGGCAUGGCCAUACAAUAGGGCCAAGCCUCAUGCUAGAUUUUAAAUUUAUUUCUUUACAUUUUAUUAUUCAUGGGUAGGACCUGCAUGUGUGUUGAUGAAUGCACACAGGGUGCAAAUAUGGAGAUCCAAGGACCUACUUUUGGGAGUCCUUCCAUUGUGUGACGUGGGGGGAUUAAAUUCAGGUUAUCAGGCUCAGUGGCAAGUGCUUUCUCACUGACACUUUGCCAGGUCCCCAUUAUUCUUUGCUCCCUUCUAGUAGUGAGUUUUACAGCUGGGGCCAUUGAAGUUAAUAUUGUAUUUAAUAUAAUAUGAGGUAGGGUGAGCUUGACUUGACCUUGUAUGCCAGCAUGUUGUGGGCCUUUCCUGAGAGCUACGAGUAAAUAGCUUUUCCCUCCAGAUAAGAUGCUAAGGAUAGACCAAAGAAAUGAAUCCACCCAAGUCCAGCUUGCUCAACCAGUGAGUUUACUGGGGUGACUUACAGAAGAGCAAUGACUAACCUGAAAGCUGAGUCCCCAGACCACAGGCUGCGCCACACCAGUCCUUUCCGCAGCAGUUGCUAACUGCUUAUAUGACCUUAGGCAGAGGCCCUGUGAGUCUUGUAAGAUUUCUGAACUUCAGAGCCUGGUAAGGUUGGAGGGAUUCCUGAGAGGUCAGCUUCCCUGGUCUCCAGGAGGAAGUGUUUGAACUCACAGGAAGUAGCUGGAGAACAUGAAGAAUGCUGGCGGUCUGGAGGGUUCAUGCCAACUCAAGGUUCCUGCAAGGUUCCAUCAUCGGAGCUGUUGUUCCACUCACCAGGCUGUGGUAGGUAACCUUGUGGCUGAGGUUCUGCCAUGCUCUUUCUUUCAGUUUUAAUUUGGGUGUGGGAGGGAGCUGGGAUUGAACCCAGGGUCUCACAUGUGUUAGCUGUGCCUCUGAUUAUUUUAGAAACCUUUAGUGUAAGAUACUGAGCCUACAGCGCACCAUUUUCUUUCCUUUUGCUUUUUAGAUUUUCUUUAAAGAUUUAUUUAUUUAUUAUAUAUGAAUACACUGUAGCUGUCUUAGACACACCAGAAGAGGGCAUUGGAUCUCUUUACAGGUGGUUGUGAGCCACCAUGUGGUUGCUGGGAUUUGAACUCAGGACCUCUGGAAGAGCAGUCGGUGCUCUUAACCGCUGAGCCAUCUCUCCAGCCCUAGAUUUUCUUUCUUUUUAUUUUGUGUGUUAUUGUUUGGCUGAAUGUUUGUCUGUGUAUGCAGUGCCCAUGGAAGGCAGAAGAGGGCAUUGGAUCCCCUGGGACGGAAGUCUCAGAUGAUUGUGAGCCGUGGGUAAUCAAGCCUGGGUCCUCUGGGAGAGCAUCCGGUAUUAACCACCGAGCCACCUUUCCAGGCCCAUCACUAUCUACCUUCAGAGCUUUAUCCCAGAGACACCAUUAGUGAGGAGAGCACAUGAAGAUAAAGCCUUGUUUUCUGCCCAUUUAAAAAUGCCGAGAGCAGGACCUGGGCUGUACACGUGUAAUUUUAGUAUUUGGGAGGCUGAGGCAGAAGGAGUGAGAGGUCAGGGUUAGCCCAGGCCACAUAAUGAGUUCUAGGACAGCCUAGCUCCAGCGAAUCCCUGAAAUAAACAAAAACAAACUCAGAUGUGGGUUUGUAUGAUGUCAACCUUUGGGAAAGUAGGUUUGCACACGCACACAUCUCCCCGUCUUCCCAGAAACGGGAGGGGCCGUUCACUCACUGGUUUUGGCUCUGCAUUGCAUACGUUCUCUUGGGUUUCUUCUGGCCUCAUGUAGUUUCAAAGAUCCAUCUAGUUUAAGGCUGAGAUUUGCAUUGGAGUUUAGCACUAUUUACCUGCUGUCCUGCUUCUGCUGCUAUCUCAUCAGGACAGAUGGAUGGAUGUACAGGUGCCUCUUUAGGGAUAACUGGGCAGGAUGUGAGAAAUAAUAAAACCAAGCAGUAAUAUUUUAAGUGACAGCAGGGUUUGAGCCCAAGUAACCUGGGAGAAUGGUAGCAUAAUUAACAGACAUGGGUACUUAGAAGGAGAAAGGAUUUUUAAAAGGAAAUGUAUUUGGUUUCAUGUGAGUUGUAUUGAGGUGAAGUUGAAUACUCCAGUAAGAACGUAUGAUGUUAGAGUUGUCAGAGAGAUACUGGCUAAUAUUUGCCAGAGUACCAGAAUAAAUCUUAAACUCUUUGAAAACUUUCUUUUUUGCCGCCACCCCCCCCCCCACACUAAUUUCUUUGUUACAAUUGCUUUUCCAAGCUCAGGUCAGCUGCCAUCUGUGAUUUUCUUUGUUGAUUGCUUCAAAGGGGAUGCUGGUCCCUCUCAACUUGUGAACAUAGCAUUUUAUUUCUUUUAUGUGGCAGUUAAUAAGCUCUAAACCUGUUUUUUUAAACAUUUGUAUGUAGGUCUAUAAUUUGAUUUUGAGACAUUUGUGAGGGGGUGGGGAGGACUACAGAAAAAAGUGUAAGGGGAGCUGUGAGUGGAGGCAGUAUGGGGGGCUGUGAGUGACAGGUACUACCAGAAGAGGGAAAGGGAGAGUGGGGGACUCCCAGUACUAUGAACAUUGUGGAAGCCUGUUACUUUGUAAGCUAAUUUUAAAAAUAAAAAUGUCUUUACGAGUUGUAAAAUUAAAGUCAGCACAACUAUUUUAGAAAGCAAAACUUGCGGAAGUGUCAUUUAUGCUUCUUUUUUCCUUUUUCAAACAGUUCAGUUUGGUGUUGCAUUUAGUGACUGGUACUUCAGUUUUUUGGAAGGUUAUUGUUUUGUGGUUCUUUAUAUAUUCUAGAUAUUAAAUACUGAUGGAAAGUAUAGCCGAUAAAGGCCUUCUCCCAUUCUUUAGGCUGUCUUGUCUGUUCAUUCCAUUGAUAGUUUCUUUUGUCUGUUGAAGCUUUUAAUUUAGGGUAAUCCUAUUCAUCAAUUUGGAGGACCGUUUUCUGUGCUAUUCAUGUGCCAUUCACACAUUUCUAGCCUAUACCUCUCUCCGCAAAUGUUUUUCCUUAGCAGGUUUGCAUUUCUUGUUUCUGUGUGGUCCUUUAGUUCAGUGGUUAAGAACAUUGGGUGCUCUUCCAGAGGACCUGGGUUUGAUUUCUGGCACCUACAUGGUGGCUCAAAACUAUCUGUAACUCCAGGCUUUUGGGAUCCAAUGUCCUCUUCUGGUCUCUGAGGGCACUGUGUGAAUAUGGUGCACAGAUAUACAUGCAAACAAACACUCAUACAAGUACAGAUAAAGAAAUUCUUAAAAAUUAAAGAAUCCAAAAUGGACUGAUGGAUCCAGUUUGAUUCUAUUUUAGUUUUAGUAUUAUGCCUCUGCUAGUUUGUAUUCUUGUGGUAUGGAAAAUGUUCCUUCUGCCUACUUUUUCCUUGUCCUGUUCUGUACUUGAAGACUGCUAUUUGUGUGUGUGUGUGUGUGUGUGUGUGUGUGUGUGUGUGUGUGUGUGUGUGUGUGUGCGCGCGCGCGCUCACGUUAUGUGUCAAGGUCUUUUGUAGCCCAGGAUGUCCUUGAACUCACUAUGUAGCUGUCUGAGAAUGGUGCUCAGCUCCUGAUCCUCCUGCUUUCCCUGUUAGACUAUAGGUCAUUGUCAUUGAAGCCACGCCAUUAAUCUAUGUGCGUUUGUAUUGUUUCAUUUGCUUCUUUCUGACAUUGACUCUUAGAACAGAUAGGCACCUCUAAAAGUCAAACCCAGCCUCCUUCAUUUUAUUAUAGUGAACUCACCUCAGUCCUUCACACAGUGUUGACUUUCUCUUUGUGAAGGUUCUUUGCUUGGGACUUGCCUUUUCCCUCCCUUCUUUGUUUCUAUUUCAGCAGUAUUCUGUGGAGCCCAGGUUGCUCUUCAGCUCAUGCUCCUCCAGCCUCUGCCUUCAGGGUACCUAGAUUACAAGAGUGCUCCGCUGUGCCUACUGACUGCCUGUCACUGUUGACCACAUCAUUACCCGCUUUGGUGGUUAGGAGUCAGGUUCUCUCCCUGAACCUGGAAAUGUCACUGAUUGGCUAGACUGCCUGACCAGCAAGCCACAGAUACACAGACACACACAGACACACACACACAGAGAUACAUACAGACACACACACACUCACACACAGCCCCUUUGAUCUUUUGCUUGGGGCUUUUGGUAAUUUUAGUAGAGGCACAUGAUAGAGAAGAUCUUCUAUCUUCUAGUUAGACCUAAUGUUCUUCAUAGAAGCUUCUAGAAGGAUUAUGUACUAUACUUUGUCCUUCUCUGGAAGAAGCGUCCUCUUAUUUAUGGACAGGUCUGAGUUGCUGCUUCUUUUUUUUAAACUCCGAAGCCAAAAUACUGUGCUUGGGUCAGGUAUAGUGGCACAUGCAUGUAAUCCCAGCAUGUAAGAAGCAGAUGCAGAAGGAUUGCUGCAUGUCUGAGGCCAGCCUGGUCUACAUAGUCAUUUCAGAGUUACCUAGGGCUAAGGAAUAAGACCUUGUCCCAAAAGGCUUUAAAAAAAAAAUCUCAAAACAAAACAAAGAAACAAGAAAAAAACAAAAAACUACAAUAACAAAAAACAGGCUGAAAAGGUAGUUCAGUCAUUAAGAGCACUGGCUGCUUAUGCAGGAGACUUGGGUCUGGUUCCAGCACCCUCGUGGUAGUAGUAUAUAACCGUUAGUAAUUCUAGCUCCAGGUAUCUGACGUCCUCUUCUGGCCUCUGAAGGUGCAAGGCGUUUACAUAGUGCACAUUCAUAUAUACAGACAAAACACUCUUUUUUUUUUUUUUUUGUAAUAGAAUAGAGUUUAUUCAGGGCAUGGGGAGGGGAGUUGAGGGAGUAGAGACAGAGAAAGGCAGAGAGAGAGAGAGAGAGGUGUGUGUGUGUGUGUGUGUGUGUAGGAGUAGAGGCUGGCUGUGAGCAUGUGGAGAGAGUGGGGAGGGGAAUGGUCAAAGAGAGGUUAAGGAGCAAGAGGACAGAGCGAGAGUAAGAGAGCAAAAUAGAUCUUUUUUUUUUUUUUAAAGCCAGAAAACCAAGGAAAUUAUUCAAAGCAUUUAGAUUGACUCACUUAUUUAUUGGUAUAUGUACACGUGUGGGGGCGCACAGGUGCACACAUGCUGUGGUGCACAUGAAGGUCAGAGGACAGUUUUUGAUAGUUGGUUCAAACUCAUCUGCAAUCAUGUAGGUCCCCAGGAUCAAACUUAGGUCCUCACAUUUGGCUAAAGGUGGCUUUGUCACUGACACAUACUUCCCCCUACUCCCACAAAUCAUAGUCUUUGUCUUCAUUCUUGUUUUUUAAGAAGUUGCCACGUCAGGUACUUUUGUGCCACCGUGGGCAGUUUCACUCUAGAAACCAUUUAAAGUAGGAAAGACUGAUUUUGAAGGGUUCAGUCCAUGGUUAUUUGGCUGCAGGUCCUUAGUAAAACAUGGAGGCAAUGGGAGCAUAUGGUGGAACUUCUUCAUGGUGGGCAGGAAGCAAAUGGGGUGUGGGGGGUGGCGAGCAAUUGGACGUUCCUUAAGCAAACAUGGCUGCACUAACAGCAGGCUGCGCUCAGGAGAGCACUAAGCCAUUCCUAUUAUAGUCUGCCUCUAAUCUGGUUAUUGCCCUGCCCGGCCCACCUCCUGCUCUCUGAACCACACUCUCAGGAUUUCCUGGCAUUCAGUGUUUGUUAGUAAUCAGGUGUGCUGUUGCCGCAGUGUAGUGGCUCAAGCCUCUUGACCUCUUCGCCUUUAGAUACUCAUCUUUAUCCGAGACCAACAACAAUGUGACAGGAAACUCUGCCACAGGUGAAUGGCUUUGACUGGAAGUGGGAGAGUCUGUUUUUCCAGCUUCCGGGAUAAGUGGCUUAAUCCUGGCAGGGGUGGGAGUGUGGUGGGGAGUAGAGGGGAAGGUGUUCAAGAAGAAGGGUGCCUUACCUUGGGGGUAGGGGACCUGGUAGAGGACCAGUGUGAUAAGAGUUUGUUGCAGACCUGCUAUGAUUGAUUGGUCUGAAGCCGUUAAAGGCACAUCAGAAGAAUGAAAGCAUCUUCAUUCGUCUAAUGCUGAAGAAUCAAUUUUCUAGGUACAGUAGUUUGAUGGCUAAUCUUGGUUUGUGAGCUUGACAAACCUGGGAAGAGGGAGCCUCAAUCAACAAACUGCCUCCAUCAGACUGGCCUGUAGGCAUGUCUUUGGGGCAUUGUCUUGGUUGCUAAUUGAUGCAGGUGGGCCCACAGACCACUGUGGGUGGUGCCAUUCCUAGGCACAUGGAUCUGUGCCAGCUUAGACUGUAAAAAAAGGUAGCAGAACAAGCCAUGGAGAGCAAACCAGUAUGGAGCAGUCCUCCCUUGGUCUCUGCUUCGGUUUCUUCCUGAGCAUCUCUUUAUGAUGUAAGAUGUAAGCCAAAUAACCCUUCCUUACACCAAGUUGUUUUUGUUCAAUGUUUUAUCACAACAGCUGUGAAAAGUAGAAGUGACUAGGGAUCAACUGGACUUGACAGUCAAGCUCCCCUACCCUCCACCCUCCACCUGUAACACCACACUCUGAAAGGAGCAGUGUGCGUGUGUGCGUGCGUGCGUGCGUGUGUGUGUGUGUGUGUGUGUGUGUGUGUGUGUGUGCGUGCGCGCGCUCUUUCUUCCUGAGGAGCGUUUCCUCAUUUAUUAGGAUAAUGGCUUUUGUGGUACUCAAACUAUCACUACCUCUUAAUUUAUGCUUCUGAUGUGUGUUUUGAGCUAGAAGGCUAAGCGUAAGAAUGAACUUGCCCAACCCCUGUGUGGGGAAAACAAACUUAUUUUCAAACUCACUUUCUCCUACUCUCUUUUCCCAACAGAUGCUUUUGACCUAUGUGAGGUUCUUUAUCACUUUCCAAGCAGGUAACCAGUCAGUUCUGGAUGCCUCUGAGGUGUUGAGAUCCAGGUCACUUUUGACACCAUUUCCCUGAAUACUUAUGGGAAGUUAGCAUCAUGUCCCACAGGCUGAGGAAUUACUCACAAGACUCCUCCCUGCAGAUGCCAGUGCCAGGUGGUUUCUUAUGGUCUGGCCCACCAGUUGUAAAUCAGGGUUCCCAAAGUCCUCUCUGCAGAUUUGAUUAAUGGACUUGAGUCAUUCACAAAACUCAAGGAGAGAGGUGGAAGCUAUGGCAUCCUUUUGGAACAUGUUAUCCUCCAAGAAACUCCACGUGUUCAUCUUUCUGGAAGCUCUCCGAGACUCAUGUCAGCUCCUGGUGGAAAUUGCAUGGACUUGGUGGAAGCGUGGGCACAGUGUUUAAAUGUGGUUGAAAAGUCUGAUCUAAGACUAAGAGACUGGGUGGGACCCAGCGAGGCAUCUGUCCAGGUUCUACAGCCCUCUUUCUCCUGAGUAUGGGGCAAGAAUAAAGUGAGAGCUUUACCUUCUAGCAGAGUUGGUAGGUCAGAAGAGGGUAGAGAACAUGGCUGAGGAAAAGAGGUAUUGUGGUGCCUACAGCCUGUUGCUCUAGUGUCUCCAGUCAUUCUUCAUUCAAGAGCACGGCCUGACAAGUCCCGUUCCAGGGCUGGAAGCUGGAAUGCGCUGCCCUGUGGGAGUUCAGUUUGAGAAGGUUUAUUCCCCAUUAUUCUGUCAAGGGGUGUGAUGGGAGCUGACUGCACACACAGGAGGCCUCGCAGAAGCACUCGGCAAGGGGUUGCUAAGUGUCUUUGUUCAGUGGAGACUUCAUUUUACCUUUUCCUUCUCUUUCUCUUGGUUUUUGGGAGAGUUCUAGUCCAGGCUGUCCUUGACCUUCCUCAUCCUCCCACCUCUAGGAAUGCUGAGAUGGUCGCAUCUGCCACCAGGCUUUGCUCCGUGAUUUCCCAUAACUAAACCAUAGUUAGGAUUUGCUGCCAGUUUUCUGAAAGAAGAGGGGGGGGUGGGGAGCGGGGAGUGACAAAGGAAGGCGGAGAAGCCAAUGAGGUGAGGUGUGGUUGUGUGUGUGUGUGUGUGUGUGUGUGUGUGUGUGUGUGUGUGUGUGUGUGUGUGUAUGUGUGUAUCCUGUCCCCCCCUCCCUCCCCAGCUGGGGACUGAACCCAGGGCCUUGUGCUUGCUAGUCAAGUGCUCUACCACUGAGCUAAAUCCCCAACCCUGGGUGGUUGUUCUAAGUAGGAAUCCCUGCUUUCUCCUAAGCACCCACAGCAUUGCUUUGGGUUCCCUCUGAAAGGUUAUUUUUAUUUUAGUGUCCACAAACACUCCAGACUCAGAAUAUUUUUCAUUUUUGUUAUUGUUUCUUAAAUUUUAUUUUGUGUGGUGGUGCGUGUAAGUCAAAGGAUAGCUUGUGGAAAUUGGGUCUCUAUUUCUGCCACGUGGGUCUGGGGAUGGAACUCAGAGUGCCAGAUUUCUUUUCUCUCUCUCUCUCUCUCUCUCUCUCUCUCUCUCACUCUCUCUCACUCUCUCACUCUCUCACUCUCUCACUCUCUCUCUCAUUUGUGUGUUGCAUCCUGGGAAUGCAGAGAUUACUUGCUUGCAGUCAGCUGCUGUUGAGAAUGCUGGAAGUGUUCGGUUGCCCCCGUAAGCCUAGGAUUGCCCUGCCUCCUUGCUCAGCAGCUUCUCCCCCACGUUCUCCCCAGCUCACCCCAUACACAGACAGCACGCAGUGGCGUUGGGGACACUGAGAGCAUUGCCCUUUUGGAGAGGAGAGACAGAGACCCAGCGAGAAGGAUUUCCACAUUCUUCUUCAUCUAGGAACUUUCCUUCCUGAGAGGAGCCAGAGUUAAACCUGGGUAUAGUUCUCGCUAAGAAAUAUUCACAGAUGCCUUCUAUAUUUCAGGAGCUGUGCUAGAGUCUAACAAGAGGCUCUGAAGUGAGACAUGAUGGUGUGCUUUCAGGGCUAGUGCUAACAAGUGAACGGAAAACCCAUACUCUAUUGCAUACUGACAGUGUAAUCCAUGUUGGUUCACCUGUUCUCUACAGUGUCCCACAGUGUGACUGUGGGGAGAGACCCCAUCCCUGGACACGCUGGUUUUGAUGUUCACUUUAUAGGUUUGUCUUCUCAUGGCUCAGUUUUUCAGUUCCUUGUCAUAUGAUUUUCGUUAUUAUGGCAUUUAAGUCUGGUGAAUGUGAAGAUCCAGCAAAUAGGGGUAACGAUUCUUCUCAGUUCUGUUUGCGUAGGGGUUGGGGAGACAGUCAGCUUCCGCCCAACAGUCACCGGUAACUUUGGACCCUGCAUUUCAGCCAUCAAAAUCUGCUACUCACCAGGGAUUGGACCUCCUUUUUGUUUCGCGCUGGUUUCAGUGACAGAAGCUGCAAGUGGAACAGAGGCAAAUCACUUGCCAUCUUUGUGGUUCUGAAUCUCUGCUGCCCAGCUCAGUACGAUGGCAACACGCAGCUGGUGCUACUCCAAAUGUGUGUAAUCUGAAUGGAGAUGGCCUCUAAACCACUGAGGUAUGGUGACAUGCUGUGAUCCCUGGACACCAGAGGCUGAAGUGGGAGGAUUGUUGAGGCCAGUCUGGUUGAAAGGCUAAUCAGGCAGUUUCAGAUACAGUUUCCUUUCUUGAGAAGUUCCUUACCUAGCCCUGGAAUUCAGAAAAGACAUCCCAACACUGCUGUGGGGUGAGAUGUGGAAAGAGAGUGAUACUUUACAAUGGCAACUAGAAUACUAAUGUUUGUGGAGAUGGUGCAAUCCAAGAUUUAAGAUUUGCUUUCAGUGGAUAACACCCUCACACCUGCCUUUAUGGCAGUCUUCACAGUCCAGAUGUCCUUGCAAAGUUAUGAUCCUGGACAGGAGAAGGCUGAAACUGUCUUCUAAGGUACACACACUGUGGGGGAAGAGCUGAGGCCUGGUUAUGGCUAGGCUGUUCUGUGCUCUAAGAAGCAAAUCCUUCCAAGUGCAUUCUGUCUUCCUGUGGAGGAUGUUGGGAAAUUCUUACCGAGUGAAUGACCUUGGUUUCUUCCUAGUGAGCUUACACGGUUCAGCUCUGAAAGUCACUUGGAAGGUGUUUCAGACAGAGGAAUUGGUGUAGUUACAGGUGUUGUGAUUGUGGUAUAAGGGGCCUUUGUCAGUGGAAGAGACAAUUUGGAAGCUAAUUAUUUCGUAGAUAUAAUUAUCUGACUUGUAUUGACUUGUUGUGCAGUUUACCCUUCUCUGUGGGCUUUGCAGAAUCUAUUUUAGAUUGUGUAAUUUUUUGGCGAUUCCAGAGAGCCGGCUGCAUUUUGAGGGUUGGAAUUGAAGUUAGGAGGUGACUGAUUUUUAGUAAAAUCAUUUGCCAGAUGUUGUGGCCACUUGUUUCUCUUGACUUUGUGUGGUGUGAAUCUCAUGCUGUCCUCUCUGAGCUGUCAGCACACAGUGAGUACUGUGGACCUUGUGUACACACACAGACAGACAGACAGACAGACAGACAGACAGUCCAUCGCCUUUGUCUGGAGCCCAAUAGGUUUUCAGGGGGUUUCUCAGCUGCUCACAUGUAUUUCAAAGCCCUUGGAGAUGGUAGAGUCAUAGCUGAGGAGACUUACGGAUGUUUGAGGAGUUUUCCUGAGUCACACGGACAGUGAGUAACUGGGCCAGAACUAGGUGUGCUUGUCUUCUAUCCCAGCCUUCUGUGACCAAGCAGCUGACUUGGCCCCUUCCCCCUGCAUGCUCUGAUGCCUCCUGAGUUCCUGGUACUCAGGCUUACCAUGAGGCGCUUACUCAGAGAGAUGUAUCUGCUGAUUCACAGUUCAACAUCCUUUUCCUUGCCUUCCCUUCUCAUAAAUUGAUUUCUACAUAUUCUUUUUUUUUGGUUCUUUUUUUCGGAGCUGGGGACCGAACCCAGGGCCUUGCGCUUCCUAGGUAAGCGCUCUACCACUGAGCUAAAUCCCCAGCCCCUGAUUUCUACAUAUUCUUAAGCAGCAGAUGCAGCUUUUUUUUUUUUUUUUUGGGCUAUUAGAACCUAAAGAUUGCUGGAUCUUUCUUAAUUAGUGAUGCAUUUGUUACACAAGAAGCUUUUAAUUUUAAUUUUGUUCUGAUAUAAACAUGUUUGUUGCCCAUUAAUCUAAAGAAGACAGGAGAGAGUCAUCUUUUAACAAAUACUUUUAUUUAUUUGUGUUUUUUAAAGUUUAUUUAUUUAUUUAGUUGGUUUAGAGAUAGGGUCUUAUGUAACCUACCUGGUCUACAUAGUGAGUCCCUAGAUCAAAGCUUAGUGUAUAUUAUUAAUUAGGUAUUAUGGCAUAUAGCUGCUUGGCUCCUGGGAGGUGGGUGGCUGGGGGAUCCUGAAUUCAGGUUGUCCUUGACUGUACAGUAAGCUCAAGACUAGUCUGGGACACAUGAGACCUUGUCUCCAAAAGCGAAAACAAGCACUAAACAGCACUAGCAAGGCCCUGCCUGAGUGCUAUCCCCUGCCCCAGAGUUAAAAAUGUAAGAGAGGACUUUUCACAAAAAGUCUCUUUUUCAGGGAGACUCAUGAAUCAGUCUAAUGUGGGACAGGUGUGUGUAGGACAAGGCAUAUGAGGAAGUACAGAGGGUUGUGAAAAAAUGAGGCUUACCACAGAGGGCCUCCCUGCUGAUCCAACAUAGUUACAACUUAGCUGUGGUUAGAGCAUGUGAAAUGGUGCUUCUCAGUCCUGCGUGUCUUAUGACCCUGCCAUAUAUAGCACUCUGCAGUGCAUGCUCAGUAAUGGGUACUUGGUGCAAAUUAUUUGUGGAGAAGUUAAUUGCGCUACAGCGUUAUGUCCAAAUAAAAGAGAAGGGAGGAUUCUGAGGCAUUCUUGUGUAGGUGCAUUUCCAAACCUAUUUCCCCCAAAUGAUAAGAUUCUGCUAAGAAUAAUUUAGUGUUGACCAUGGCAGCACAUACCUGUGCUCUCAGCACUUAGGAGUGGGAGGCAUAAGGAUCAGAAAUUCAGAGUCUUCCUUGGCUACAUGGAACGUUUGAGGACAGCCUGGGGUAUAUAAGAUGCUGCUCCCCCACCCUUUCAAAAAGAAAAGAAUUUCUGCAAAUGCCCUUCAGAAUUCCAGAACACCUCUACUUCUGUGUACCCUGCUCACAUGAUUUUCAGGAAAUGAGAGACCUGUGAAUGAUUCCAGACAUGAUGGCCUUAAUCCAACAAUAGUUCAGCUUCCAACAUUCUAAACAGGACUGGACUAUUGAUGACAACCUGCAGACAUCAGAGUUAAAUUUUAAAAAAUUAUGUAAUGCGUGUUGCUAAUGUUUUCCAGUGGUUGAUAAUCUUUUUUUUUAAUGUGUCUGAGUGUUUUGCCCAAAUGUAUGUCUGUGCACCAUGUGUAUGCCUGGUGCCUUCGGAGGGCAGAGGAGGGCAUUGAAUGCCCUGAAACUGGAAUUAUGGAUGGUUGUGAGCCACUGUGAGGGUCCUCUGCAAGAACAAGUGCUCAUAACCACUGAGUUGUCUCUUUAGUCACAUAACUAUUGAUAAUCUUAAAAUGAGUGUGGCUAUCAUUAAUUUUACCCAAACAGAGGAAUGGGCUGCAAAAUUAUACAUAAAAAAUACGUGUUUGAGGUCUCUGAUACUGGACCUCAUAGGAAAAAAGCAAACACUAAAACAAAAAAUUGAAAGUCUAUCUUCAUGCUUAUUUUUCUCAGACAGGGACACUUCAUGCAUGGUCAAUCUCUUAUUAGUUCUCCCUUCGUGCCUUUUUAAUGACAAGGUAUGAGAACAGAGUAGCUGCAGCCACAUUUUAUCACAGCUCUUUUUUUUUUUUCUUUUUUCUUUUUUCUUUUUUUCAGAGCUGGGGACCGAACCCAGGGCCUUGGCAUUUGCUAGGCAAGCGCUCUACCACUGAGCUAAAUUCCCAACCCCUUAUCACAACUCUUAUCAGAGCUACUGUUUCACAGGAUAGGCAGGGGAACCCCUGCAACCUUCUCACCUCCCCUCAUUCUGUGCUGUCAGCAGGCAGCCACUUCCUUAGAGAACCUUUGAAUAGCUUUUUUUUUUUUUUUAAAGUAAUGUGAAUAGUUUAGAAUUUUCCCAAGAUAGUGAGAUGGUUCAGAGGGUCAAGGUACUUGCCACUAAGCCUGAGGAUCCAAGUUUGAUCCCUGGAUCCGGUUGUGGAAUUAGAGACCCAGCUCUCAAGUCGUCCUCUGAUCUCCGUGCAUACUCUGCCACACCCACAGGCAGCCACACAAUACAUAAGUACAAUUCCACAGUGUUUGCCUGAGUGGGCUGUACCUCUCCUUAGCAUUAAAGUCCCCCAGUGAAAGAAUUCCACAGUCUUGUUUGUAGUUAUGUCUCUACAUUGUUGCUGACUUAAAGAAAUACUAACAGUUAUGGUAAAGAAGUGUGAGUGGAUUGUACCCUUUGACAGGGCAGGCGCUUUUGAAAUGGUUACUUACUGGGUUUUUUUGGGUUUUUGUUUUUUUUUUUUUUCAAAUUUCUGUGAGGUUGUAUUGGCUCUGGUUGAUUCCUGUACUGUAAAACCUACAGAAUCAAGAAGUGAAGGGAUCAUUUCUGGGAAAAUAUUUAUCUGAAAUAAUAAAUUUAUAAUAAAACAAUUAAAUUGUAAUUCAUAAUAAAAUAUAAUUAAUUUUAAUAAUAGAAUAAUUAUAAUGAGUAAAAUACAAAUCUAUUUGUAGGUAAUAAAUGCAUAUUAUUGGAGAAAUAGAGACUAAAUAAGGGAGAAAAAGAAAAGUAGGCUCAGUCUGGCUCCCUUAAGACAUUCUGAUAUUUACUUCUAGUUUAGUUUUUCUAUACUUCAGAAUACACAUAAUAUCAAACUGUGUAUUAACUUUGAGUCUUGCUAUUUUUUUAAUUUAGUGUGUUAGUAGAUGAGGGUUUUUUUUUUUUUGUGUCCAUGAACACACAAAAGAAAGUCUUUAGUGCCCUUAGUGACUCUUCAGAGUAUGGAGAUGGCGGGGAGAAGAUCACCUAGAUUCUAAAAGAGGAACAAUAGAGCUUUUUUGUUUGUUUGUUUGCUGUAGCCCAGGCUGUCCUUGAAUUCCUAUAUAGCCCAAACUGGCUUUGAGCUCAUUAGAGAGCCCAGGCUGUCUUUGAAUUCACUGUAUAGCUCAAAGUAGGUUUGAGUUCAUUAUGUACCCAGGCUAGACUUGAACUUUCAGUCUUCCUUCCUUAGCUCUCAGAAUGGUAAAAUCCUAGGCAUAACUUCCAAGCACGGCUUUAGGAACCAUAGAUCCUCAUGAAUUUUCACGUAACUUUAAAAAAGAUUAUGCUGGGAAUAGCCCCAGAGAUGGUCGUGCUAAGCAUGAAGUAUGCUUAAAACUAGAAAAAAAUCGUAAGCAUGCUUAUUUGAAGUCAAAGCAGUAACCCUUGGUGAUUUUAGUGUGCUUUGGUGUGGGGUGAAGAGAGAAAUGGGUUGGAAGGGAAGAGAGGAGGAGUAUGAGCAGGAAUAUCCUUGUUGAAGAGCAGUGAGAGCCCGCACCCUGCCCACCUAACUGAAUGCCAGGCUGGGUAGUCAAAUGGCAGCAGAAUGCAAACCCCGUGGUGUGCUUGGCUGCUGCACAGGGGAUGUUUACAGGUGAGCAGGGCAGGGUUCAUGGCAAGGUGUCUGAUAAGAGACUUAGUCACCCACAGAGCCUGUGACUGGGGCCUUGUCCUCAGUGCUAACUUAGAAUCCAAACAUUCGAAGUGGCAAAGGAUUCAAAGUAGUAGAGACAAAAUUGACUUGAGACAGUGAUAUCCGGUGGUUUGUACAGGGGGUCACACCCAGGUGGGUUCCUCUGGCAGAACAGUGUGAGGGUGCUCGUGAUUGAGCCUCACGCUCACUCAGGAUAAAUCAUGGCCUGGCCACUGACAAUCACAAACUUCAGCUUCCUUCCGUCCUUCUCUCACUCGUCCACUUUUCUUCCCUCCCUCCCUCCCUUUCCUACCACACCUUUCUCUGCUCCUUUGUACGCUCCCAGUUUCUGACUCCCUCAUGCCCUCCAUUAUCUCUCUUCCCCUCUCUUCUCUUCAUGGUGCUGGAAACUGCACACACCAGGCAAUGGGCUAGCCCUAGCUCUAAGCUACAUACUCUAUACUCAGUGCAUUUUUAAUUUUUGAAGCAAGAUCUCAGUAAGUUGUCUAGGUUCUCCUUGAACUCACUAUAUAGAGCAGCCAGACCUUACACUCAUCAUCCCCCUGCCUCAGUCUCUUAGGUAGCUGUGAUUACAGGUGCACAGCCAUGCACAGCUAUUGUUUCCCUUUCAUGUGUUUGGUUCUGUCUGUUAAAAGGCCACAUUACCACUGCCCACUUCCUGUGAUUGAGAGAAACCCAGGGAACAAUUCCUGGCAUGCAAAAUAAGCACUCCAUGCAUCUAGCUAACUAUUAUCUGUUUUGUACAACUGAGUUUGUAUAGAUUGCCAAAUUUCCUGACUGUCAUGCUUGUCUGGUGAGUGGAGAUAAUACAGAUGUGUUCUGGCACAGAUAGGCAUGGGUAUUGUUUGAUUACAUACUGAAUUGGCCUUGUGAGGACAGGGUGCUGUUGAGUCACUACCUACUACCUCGGAUCCCAUCUCUGACCAACUUGGUUCCAGUCUUGAAUCUGACUCUGAAGCCCCUUUCUUAAAGCACGCUGUAGCAAAAAGUUCUUCCACUCCCUAACCUCAGUCCGCUUGCAGUAGGCUAGCAUGAGAUCUUCCUUUCUUCCUCCCUCCCUAUCUCUUUUCUUUCUUGGGUCUCUUGUAGCCCAGGCUGGCCUCAAACUUGCUAUGUACCUGAGGAUGACCUUGAAUUCUUGAUCUUCUUGCUUCUACUACCUCUGGAGUGCUGGGGUUACAUGUCUGAACCAUGAGUGUUGGGUUUUGUUUUUUCUUGAGACACAGAGUCUUAUGUAACUCAAGAUACUUGCUGACAUCAUACAGACUUGCUUUGUAGCCAAGGAUGAUCUUCUCAGUCACUUUCUACCUUAUUUUAGGGUAAGUUUCUGCCACUAAACACAGAGUUCAUUUAUUCAGCUAGACUGACUGGCCAGCAAGGCCAGGCAUCUUCCUGUGUAUGCUUCCUCAGUGCUGAGAUUACAGGCAUGCAUUGCAGUGCCUGGCUUUUGUGAGGGUGCAAAAGAUGGAGCUCAGGUACUCAGACUUGCUCAGCACGCACUUUACUGACUGAGCCAUCUCUACAGCCGUAGCCUUGACUCUGUCCCUCCUGCCACUCUUUGAGUUACAAUACGCAGAAAACUACAUAUUUUACUUGGGCCAGUGUUUCCAUCUCCAAUAUUGAAAUCAAGGAGAGCACCUCUUAAUACUCUCAAGUCUGUUCUUAGACACAUUUUGAAAAAUCACAGCUGUGCUGUCAGUUGUCUGGAAGUGGAAGAGAGAAAGACACAGUAAAGGGUCAGAUGUGAUGCUGUGGCCUGCGGUUUUGUUUCUCCUGAAGAUAAUAGGAAUUGGUAGAGAAGGAUUGCUUAAGUGGGUUUAUUAGAUGUGGGUACAUUGCAGGAGCUUGGCCAGGUUUUACGUUUUUCUUCUCUAACCCAUUCCUCAAUUGUGGCUGUUGAGUUGGGUUUUCAUUAUGUAUUAUGUAUUGUGAACACUGCUUCCCCUUUCACAGUAUGAGGUUAGAGAGAUACGCAAAUGCACCAGUAUUUAACCUGAAACUUUCCUGCCUUUAGUUCUCCUAACUCUGCAUCAGGUGUGGAAGCUCACAUUCCCCUGGUGUCCAGUCUUGGAGUGGAGGUGGUCCUGCAGCAGUGUACUGAAUGGUUUUGGAGAAGACUGCAUGACAGGAAACAGUGCUGUGGGUGAUCAGAGGUUCUCAUUACACGCAGUGGACAUUAAGUACAGUUGCUAUCUAAGUGAUUCGCUGUUCACUGGUCAAAACUUGCUGUUUUGUAGGACUGAUUCAGUCCUGGGAUUUGUGAAUGGAAACAGUGCAACAGCAGUUUAAACAACUGACAGGCUGGGACUGUGUCAGGAGUAGAGCACAUAUAUAGCAUUUGUGAGGCCCUGGUGUCAACUGUAGCCUGUAGUCCAUGCCUUUCAGAUACUGCAGGGCUCCCUUGCACCUCUGUUCUCUCUGGCCCUGCCUCCUAGCACCUGAGGCUUGCUGUGCUAUGACCCAGCCAGCUGAGGCAGCAGAGGUUGCAGGCAGUGUGGCAGCUGCAGCUGAGCUGUGGCGUCUAGUCAGUGACCACAGACAAUGAUUUUAGGUGCCCUCUGUUUUCUGUGAUGUGUGGCUGAGCUUUGUGAGGGAAAUAGGGAAGGCCACCAUGAGUAGGGCCACAAGUAAAACUGGUAAUCAUUGGGGGACGUGAGGUUUCACAAUGUGAGGACCCAUGUGAGUGGAUGGUUCCAUUUCAGGAGAAAGAUGAUUCAAAAUAAACAGCAGUGUUGAGCUCAGGAGAUACCAAUAUACCUUUUCUUACCUCUGUCAAUCCUGGGAGCGCUCUCAUGUCUCAGAAAGAUGGUUGUGGUGAGACAGUUGUUUUUCAUUUACUGCAGAAGUUUGAAGACUUAUUUAAAUGUGAGACGAUUUGGGUAGAAAAGAGGCUUCAGAAUUAAGUAUGAUGGUGUGGUUUUUGUAUUUUAUUUAUUUCUAUCAGAUUUUGAAUUACAGAGUUAAAGAUUAAGGAACAUAGAGAGGAAAUGUAGAGAGAAAAUGUUGCUUUCACAUUUUUUUGUAAGUUUCGAUGUCUUUUUUUCUCAUAAGAUAUGAUGUGAGUCAUAUUGAUUGGAAUGACCACAAGAUCUCCAAGCCUCUGUGGGAACUUAGUAGCAGGGGGAGGUUGUACAGUAUUACAGACAGUCUGUCACAGAGACAUGAUGCAAAUAUGGAAUGCAUUCUAAGCCCUCAGAAGUGUCUACACCAAAGGUAAAAUUCUCUCUGUGGCUCACAGAACAAUGCCAAGACCCACUUUUUAUAUGCUAAGAAUUUAUAAACUACUAAAUGUCCUACAGCAUACUUAUUAUAGAAAAAUAAACAUGCAGUAGGUAUUAAAAAAGGGGACAGGGACCUGGGUCAUAUGGAAGAUUCCCAUUGGGGGCAUAUAGUUACUGAUUAAGGAAGGGGUUAAGUAGUGAGGUUCUUUUAGUUUCUGUUAAGAGAAUCCCAUCCAGAUGCAGUCAGCUCCCUUAUCAUCCAAAUGUCAUGCUUUCUUUGGUCUGUUACUCUUGUUUUAAAUUAUUUUAUACAUACACACUUAUCUUGGGUAGGGGAUAAAAUAGUUGUAUUUAUGACAUUAUUUGGAAUUACUUUGGAAAUUCCAGUUUUGUGGCUAAACUGCUAAGUGUGUGUAUAAUGUUGAAAAAGAAUUUCAUGACAGCUGGUGGUAUAGCACAAUGACUAGAAUACUUGCCUAGCAUGUAUAAAGCCCCUGGGUUCUAUCUUAGUCUCCCUUCCCUUUAAAAAUGAGUGUUUUAUGAUCUUUCCUUAGAUACUAGUCAAUUACAGAUGGACGUUUUAAGGCAAAUAUCAUUUGUUUUAUUAUUAACUGUUUAAGACAGUCUCAUGUCCCUCAGGCUAGUCUCAGAUUGUCUCUGUCUCCCCAGUGCUAAGACUUGAUGUGGUUCACCACUCUGUGAGGUGCUGGGGACUGAAUGUCAGGCUUCAGGCAUGCUGGCCAAACAUUCUACCAAUCAGCCUCCAAAUUCAUAUUUUACACAAAAGUGAGGUGCAUUUCCCUAGUGCUUCUGCUGUAUAGAAUUUAGUAUUUGUGCCCUUUUUUGUUGCUUGUUUGUUUGAGGCAGGGUUUCUCUGUGUAACAAACCCUGGCUGUCCUGGACUCGGUUUGUAGACUAGGCUGGCCUUGAACUCACAGAGAUCCGCCUGCCUGUCUCCCAGUGCUAGGAUUAAAGGUGUGUGCCAUCCUCCUAUCCGCACUCCUCCCGCCCCCCACCACCCGCAGUUUAAGCCAUAUUUAAUCAGUCUUGAGCCUGUCCUUGUUUCUUUAGCAAGCUUAGUCUGAGCAUCAGAUGACUGGGAGAUACUGAAUUUGUUCUUUAGUAGGCCAUUUGUGUCCCCAAGCUGCUCCGUCCCUUAAUAUGGAACUAUUUUUUAUAAUAAUUUGAAUAUUCUUUCUUUUUUUUUUAAAGUUAUUUUAGACAGUUCAAAGGAAAAAAGAGAACCCAUGACCAGACUGUGGCCUGUAGUCCAAGCUUUAAGCCCCUUCCUGCCAAAAGGAAUUCAUUCUCUCCCUAUCUGUGUCUAUCCUGAUACCAUCAAUUUAGCGAUUGCCACAGAGAAAACAGUUUGUCCUCAUAGGUGUGUCGCAAUCUUGAUUACUUGGGACGGCUUCGUUUUUUAUUUCAUUUGGGGGCCUCGGGUGCGAGGGAGCCUCCGGUCUCAUGUAUGGCGUGUAAAGUGUCUUAAGGCAACUGCGGCCUGGCCCUGGCAUCGUUAGUUUUCCUUACCUUACAUUAGUGGAUAAUUUAUAAAGAUAACUUUUAGGACUAAGAGUGUAGGAAGAAUCCACCAGACCUUAGGGAUAGACCCAGUACUACUUUCUUCAACCCAAUUCCAGGCAAAAGGAAUUAGUACCGCCCUGUUUUUGUCUCUAGCCUUGACCUGUGUUUAAGGGACCCGUGGAUCUUAUUCUUUUAGGGAAAACACUUUCUCCACGAACCACCAGCUCAAAUUUAUCGCAUAACAUUCUCAUACCUAGGUGAGCUAUAUUGAUGUCAGAAGCCAGAAUUGUUCUGGUAUUCAGGUAGUUCAGGGCUUUCUCAGCUUGAAUAUGCCCAGGAGUUCAACGCAAGAGUUAGGAGGCUUUUUACUGUCAGUUGCUCUCAUUAUCCUUACUCCCCCGUCCCCACUCAUGACGGCCAGACGUGCCCCGACUCUGCUUCUCAUCCCACACAUCGUCUUCUACAUAUUAAGAUCUCCAUUUGACUGUUGUGGGUAACCAUCCUUCCCUCACUGUGGACAGAGUUUUGCAAGGUUGGAGUAGCAGCUGUCAGCUGAUACAUACUCACAUGAGAACCAUUAAGAGGGUGGUGUGGCCAAUGUCAGAGCAACCUUGCAGCUGAAGGUUUACCCAGAGCCACAUGAGCUGGGCUCGUGACUAGUGAAGGCAGGACUGCGUGUAAACUCAGCUCGGGAUGCAGAUGGUAUGAGUCAGUGCAAGCUGCUGGACCUGUUGCGUGCACUAGAGUACAGGCUUAGGAGAAGCAGGGAGAGAUUUGUACUUGUCUUUUAUUAUGGGUUUACUGAGAGCACAUCCGCUUCUAGAAGUCAUCCUGGGCUUCAUUUACAUGAUAAAUGAACGUUCCUUUUUUUAAAGCUCCUAAAAGAGGAAGUUAGUAGUAGCUUGGCUCUCGUGCUGGGCUUGGAGUGGAGUGAAGUGAUCUUUAGACUGAAGCUGCUGCUCGUCACUGUGGAAUAUCCUCAGAUAACGAAGGAACUUUCCAGAAUGCUCUAGUCCACACUGAUGGUCAGGAUCAACUGAAGAGCAUCUGUGCCCUCCGGAGAUGUGUGGUGGUACAGCAAACAGUACAAAUUGGCCAGUAGGCCAACAAGAGUCAGCCAGAUGUGUGACUGAUGCCACUUCUGGUGUUGGGAGGAUUUUCAAGACACUUGUAUGUGCAAAGAUCUCAAAAUGUGCCAGAGGAGGACGGGACACAAAUUCCAUGGUGCUCAAUCACAGUUGGUCGUGUUCGGAGUUUGAUUUGAGUGACAUUCGCCUGAUAGUGUACCAGGACUGCGAGAGGAGAGGCAGACAAGUCAUGUUUGACUCCAGAGCCGUGCAGAAGGUGGAAGAGACAGCAGCUCAGAAAGCAGAGGACGUCCCUAUUAAAAUGUCAGCGAGAUGCUGUCAGGAAAGCGGCAGUGUCAGCAGCAGCAGCAGCAGCAGCAGCAACAGCAGCUCUUCUCAGAGCUCUGGGGGAUCUUCACAGCACGCUAAGGAGCAGCUUCCAAAGUACCAAUACACGAGACCAGCAUCUGAUGUCAACAUGCUUGGGGAAAUGAUGUUCGGCUCUGUCGCAAUGAGUUACAAAGGCUCCACCCUGAAGAUACACUACAUACGAUCUCCUCCACAACUGAUGAUUAGUAAAGUCUUCUCUGCUAGAAUGGGCAGCUUCUGUGGAAGUACAAAUAAUCUGCAGGACAGCUUCGAAUACAUCAACCAAGAUCCUCAGGCUGGAAAACUGAACACAAAUCAGAACAGUUUGGGUCCUUGUCGUACUGGAAGUAACCUAGGUCUGCUGCAGGCUUGCAGUGGCAAACUGCUGCAGGGGGUGUCAGAAGGAGGACCUCUCCGGCUCACCCGGAGCGCUUCUUUCUUUGCAGCACACAGCACACCUGUUGAUAUGCCAAGCAGAGGGCAGAAUGAAGACAGGGACAGUGGCAUUGCUCGAUCAGCUUCACUGAGCAGCCUGCUGAUCACACCCUUCCCAUCUCCGAGCUCCUCUACAUCCUCCUCCAGCAGUUACCAGCGCCGCUGGCUUCGAAGUCAGACCACGAGUUUGGAAAAUGGCAUCUUUCCAAGGAGGUCAACAGAUGAAACAUUUAGCUUGGCUGAAGAAACCUGUAGCUCUAAUCCAUCCAUAGUUAGACGGAAGAAAAUUGCCAUCAGUAUCAUCUUUUCCUUGUGUGAGAGAGAGGCCGCACAGCGGGAUUUCCAGGACUUCUUUUUCUCCCACUUCCCCCUGUUUGAAUCUCACAUGAACAGGCUGAAGAGUGCAAUUGAAAAGGCCAUGAUCUCCUGUAGGAAGAUCUCUGAAUCAAGUCUCCGUGUCCAGUUUUAUGUGAGCCGUCUGAUGGAAGCCCUGGGAGAAUUCAGAGGGACUAUCUGGAACUUAUAUUCUGUUCCAAGGAUAGCUGAACCAGUGUGGCUUACCAUGAUGUCCAACACCUUGGAAAAAAACCAACUCUGCCAGCGCUUUCUCAAGGAAUUUAUACUUCUGAUUGAACAGGUCAACAAAAACCAGUUUUUCGCUGCCUUACUGACUGCGGUGUUAACCUACCACCUGGCCUGGGUACCAACUGUCAUGCCUGUUGACCAUCCUCCCAUUAAAACCUUCUCGGAGAAGCGCACCUCUCAGUCAGUGAACAUGCUGGCCAAAACACAUCCAUAUAAUCCUCUCUGGGCACAGCUGGGUGAUCUUUAUGGAGCUAUAGGCUCUCCAGUGAGACUGACUCGCACCGUGGUGAUUGGGAAGCAGAAGGAUUUGGUCCAGCGCAUUCUUUAUGUUCUAACCUACUUUCUCCGUUGCUCUGAACUGCAAGAGAAUCAACUGACCUGGAGUGGGAAUCACAGUGACGAUGACCAGGUUAUAAAUGGGAGCAAGAUUGUAACUGCCUUGGAAAAAGGAGAGGUAGAAGAGUCUGAGUAUGUGGUAGUUACAGUGAGCAAUGAGCCUGCUCUGGUACCACCAGUCCUACCACCAGGGACAUCUGAGAGGACGAGCCCUGAGCCUACAGUAGUAGCUGAGAUCCCAGAAGGCAUUAAUACCGAACUGGGCCACAAACCUGAAAGAAACAGAUGCAAGAGGCCAGAGCAAUAUUCUGAGGCCAGCAGCAUGGGGUUCCAAGAGGCCGAAACUGACAAUUCAUGGACACCUCGAGGCAUGUUCUGUGAGGACAAACAGAAUGACCAACAGGUAGCCCAGGAUUGUUCUUCAGGACCUCCCAGCUGUGAGGUGCCCAGGGUAAAAAGGAGGAUGGACCAACAAACUUUCCAUGAAGAGCUGCAUGGCGAGAUGCUAAAGAAACGAGCAGAGCGCUCAGCAGCCUGGCCCUGCCCUGACAGACAUUCCCAGGAGGGUCCUCCUGUUGAAAAGGUCACUUUCCACAUUGGAAGUUCCAUCUCUCCAGAGUCUGACUUUGAAAGCCGCACCAAAAGAAUGGAGGAGCGGUUAAAGGCCUGUGGACAUUUUCAUGGGGCAAGUGCCUCUGCCAGGUCUAGCAUGGACACUGGCCUGACUCAAGACCAGCAGGCCUCUGGGUGCUCCUUCAAAGCUGACUUUCAGAAGGACAUCACACCUCAGGACCACUGUUUAGGGGAAGAAGGUGUCUCUGAGAACAGAGGCCUCCGAGCCAACAUCCGAGCCAACAUGGCACAUGCCGUGGGACAGCUGAGCCAAGCUGAUGGCCCCCUUGCACCUUCCACUUGUACAGCAGAAAGUGGCUGGAGACAGCUGGAACAGACUAGAGAUGUGCAAUUAAAAGGCAACAAAGGACCUUCAUCAGAGCCUGUUCCAAACAGAUGUAGACAGCAGGGUGACCUGCUGAUUGCUGCAGAUGUCCCCUAUGGGGAUGCCAGUGGUAAGGCCAACUACAGGAGCGAAGGAGACAUUCCCAGGAAUGAAAGCUUGGAUAGUGCUCUUGGAGACAGUGACGAUGAAGCGUGUGUUUUAGCCCUGCUAGAACUUGGUCACAAUUGUGACAGGACUGAAGGGUCCUUUGAAGUGGAACUGCCUCUACCAAGGUCUCAGAGUACCAGCAAGCCAAAUGUUAGAAAUUUUGGCCGCUCACUUCUGGCAGGUUACUGCGCCACGUAUAUGCCUGACUUGGUGCUGCACGGAACCAGCAGCGAUGAGAAGCUGAAGCAGUGCCUGGCAGCCGAUCUGGUCCACACGGUGCAUCACCCAGUGCUCGAUGAGCCCAUAGCCGAAGCCGUCUGCAUCAUUGCAGACACUGACAAGUGGACUGUCCAGGUGGCCACAAGUCAGAGGAAAGUGACGGACGCCAUGAAGCUGGGCCAGGAUGUCCUGGUCUCUAAUCAGGUGUCCAGUUUACUCCAGUCCAUCUUACAGCUCCAUAAGCUUCACCUCCCCGCUGAUUUUUGCAUCAUGCAUCUGGAAGACAGACUACAGGAGAUGUACCUCAAAAGUAAAAUGCUUUCAGAGUAUCUCCGGGGACACACACGUGUGCACGUGAAAGAGCUGAGCGUGGUGCUGGGGAUUGAAUCCAGUGACCUGCCUCUGCUGACUGCCAUCGCCAGCACUCACUCUCCGUAUGUGGCUCAGAUCCUCUUAUAGCCGACUGCAGGACCAGAAGGAGGAAGCUCUCUCGAUGAUGGCAGAGGCCUGAGAACACGGACCAGUCGCCCGCUCGCCUGCCGGCCCGCCCGUCCGCCUGCCCCUCGUUAUUCAUUCGUGUGGCUGCUGCCUAGUGGCUGGUACAUUGGGAGGCUUGUGUUUACUCCAUGCAGUGGCACAUUGUGAUUGUUCUGGAACACUCUGAGCCAUUGUCUCCCAGGAACCAAAAGAAAGUAGCCUUUCUGUGGGAGGGAAGCACCACAGUCAAACUAGGCAGACACCCCCAUGCUGUUGAGUAGAAUACUGAGGGCUGACUCUGGAGUAGAGGGUAACCGAUAUCUAGAACAUUCCAGCAGGAAGUGUUUCCUGUUCAAGCAGCUACUGUUGGACACAGGAUGUGGAAGAGGAUCGCCUGUUGAGGAGAGAGUGCUCAGGAGACCCGUGCUCAUCCCUUCUCAGAGCUUCCUGUCAUUCCAGUACAGCCACAGGAGGUCUGAGGGGGAUUGCUGGUGCAGUAAGCCCAGCAGUCAGGCAGCAUGCUGUUCGGAGGGUGUUUUGGAGUACUGCGUAGUCCGACACUGGGCGCUCCUCUCUGGAUUCCGUGUCUUUAGGCUUCUCCAGAGAGACCAUUUACCAAAGCUGUUUCCAUGAGCUCAGGCUCAGGCUCUUCUGUGGCUGAGCUCGUCCAGCCCAAGCCUCUUUCCUGCUAACAGUCAGCGCUGAUGCCUGUUGAUUCUGUAAGGUGCAGCUGCCCGCUGGGGAGGGAACCCUGCAGCUCCGACAAGGACAGCAGGCAGCUCAAACAUUCAGAAGCAAUCCAUGUGCGAUCUCAGUUCUUACAUGAUCAGUUCUGCACUUUUUAAUCCCUUUCAUGUUCUUUAAAAAAAAAAAUCUUCCCAGAAAUUUACUUGAGCAUUUAUAAAACUUACCAAAGUGAAGAACUGUAAAAGUCCAAUUGGUCAUUAAGUCUAAAGAACCUUAGUUUACUGACCAUAAAACAGUCUAUGUUAAAUACUUUAAAAACAAAAAUUCUGGUGUUUAAAAGACAGGAGCCAGUCAAGUAAAGUCAAACACUGUCAGCUCCUCAGACCUUCCCACGAGUCUCUGAUGCCUGAGAAUGUGGGAUAGCUUCUAGGAGCUCUGUAGUUUAUAUCUGAUCAAAUCCAGAUCCAUGUGACGUGCUUGUCUCUCUUCAUUACAAAUACAAGUUGAGGCCAUGUGCUCCUCAUGCUACUGGGGACAAAUGCUAACAUUAUCUCUUAGAAGUGGGCCAGAGCAUGGACUCUCACGGCCCCCUCCUUUUCCUUUUUUUCCUUCUCUCCCUCCUCUCCCUCCCCCUCCUCUUCUUCCUUUCCCUUCCCCUCUCGCCCUAAGCAUCUCUCACAUUUUGUGAUAUGUGAAAAUAGAUGGUGCUUCAAGGCACUUAAGAUCUUUAAUCUGCAUUUUUCGUAUUUCACAAAGUUGAAGCGCCCCAUUCUUUUAAAUAUCUUUCCAUUUUCUAUGACCUGUUUGCUGUUUUCAGUUUCCUGGCUCUAUGAUGUCAUCACUUGCCAGGGAACCCCACAUGUGGCUCAGCUUUCCAGGCACUUGUUUUUCCUGGGUGUGGGUGAGCUAUCAUGGCAGAUUUCAUAGCCACCCUUACCAGCUUAGAACUUCCCCCUUUCUCCUGGCUUCCCAUUUUACAUGUGGACUCUGCCUCAUUCACCAGCUUCUGAGGUUUUGGAGAAAAUAACCCAAUACAGAAUCAGUUCGUUUCUUGUAUUGACAGCCAGAGCUGGGACUUGAGCUGUCAUCAGGUUAAUUCUCAGCUUCAUGAAGAAAAACUUAGCCCAGCACUUCAAAGCCCGAAAAAAAUUAAACCUGCCUCUUAAUCUAAUGUUCCAAAUUUCAGAAGUGGGAAACCCUGGGCUCACAUAGGUUAUCUCAGCACCCCAUCAUCACUUACUAGUACAGAGAAAGAUGUGCUGCUCUUCUCCUGGCUCCCAAGGUAUGAGGCGUUCACAUUUCCUUUGUCUUAAGUUCAGCCUCUUCUCAGAGGUGAGAAAACAAUAAACAAAUCAUCUCAUGGACUCCUGUUGAGACACACCACAUCCCGUACCAUGGAUGGCGUCGUUCUGUCAUAGCCGAAGAGUCCAAAAAGGUAUCUCACCUUCUAGGCAUAACUCAAGGGAAAAAAUUUUUUUUUAAAAAAAAUGUUUAAAUAAAGAAAUCUACCUCAGUUGACAGGAUUCCACCUAUCCUUGGGGUUUCUUCGGCUCUCAGUCUUACCUGUUAGGUGUCACGGGGCAGCACUGCUUGUGUGACUAAGCAGGCACAGCAGAGCAGAAGUGUGUCAGUGUCCCGUGACGACCUCUUUCUAGCAUGCUGCAGUUUUAUAUUAAGUUGAUAAGUGAUAUGAAUGUAUAGGCAAUUGUGUAUGUUCUCAAAAAGGACAAUGGGAAUUUAAAAUGUAGCGUCCACACUUGUGCAUAAUCCCAAAGUAUCUUAUUUUAUCAGUGUUAAAUAGCUUUUGUACAGCUUCAGCCCAUUUUCCAGACGUGUGCUGUUUUAUACAGAAAGUAACUCAUGUUCUCACACCUCAUGGAGCUGCGUUUACACAUCGCAACUUUUUAACUUAACCAUGAUUUUUCAGAAUUAACUUUUUUGGAGGGAGGAAAUUCCCCACUUGCUAAAUAAUACUAAACAGUGUCUGGGCUCUUAAAAAUCAGGUCUUUGGAUUUUAUAAACCAGGCUGUAGCUUUUCAGGUUCCUCAUUAGUAGGAUGUAAAUACAGAAUAUAAAACAGCUCUCGUUCUUUCAGUCCGGAGUUUCCCACUGAUGCACUCUUAGGUGUUAUGUUCACACAGACUUGCGUCAUUAAACUGAAAAGGUCCGUAGCUUCUUUUAGUUAAUGUGAACCCUUUGUUUUUAUUGUGCUUGGCGGAGAAGAAUACAAUUCUUGUCUAAAUCAAGCAGCCCCCUUUGAAUGUUAAUUUUUUAAAUGUUAAAAUUUGGUGGACAUCUGGAACUUCUAUUUCCAUUAUGUUUAAAUUUCAGUGUUUUAAAAAGGAGACAACUCUGAGCUGUGUUACUAUUGAUCUUUCAUUAAGAGAAAUUGAUAGGACUGGUUUCUAAGUCAGCAGAGUGGAUAUGACUGUCAGUGUGCAGAGACUUUUUCCUAAAACAACAUUCAUGUAUUGUUUUGAUCCAUCUUUCUGUGACAUUUGGUGCAAUAAACUUUUUGAAUUUA